AUGGUCAACGUUCCGAAAACACGGCGGACAUUUUGCGAUGGGAAGUGCCGUCGACACACGAUGCAUAAAGUAACCCAGUACAAGAAGGGCAAAGAAUCGAGGCUUGCACAGGGUAGACGACGUUACGAUUCCAAACAGAAAGGUUUUGGUGGUCAGACAAAGCCGAUUUUUAGGAAAAAAGCAAAAACAACGAAGAAAAUUGUUCUGAGAAUGGAGUGUACGGAAUGUAAGCACCGCAAGCAGUUGCCAAUCAAGCGAUGCAAACAUUUUGAACUAGGCGGUCAAAAGAAAACACGUGGACAGGUUAUUCAGUUCUAA